AUGGUUAGUACGUUUGGAAUUAGAAGGGUACAAAUCAGUGGGAUUGAGCACUCGGUCUUGUUGCAGGAGCAAAAUACUGAUCAGACGUCCAGUGCACUGGUUAGUCUUGCCAAUGUCCUGCUUAUGUCACCUGGCUUGGCUAGAAUUUCACAGCCACUAACUGAGUUAGUUGGUGGUAAGUCUGACGUUUCUCUUGGCGAAUUGGUGAAUGUGCUGGCCCGCAUGGGGGUGCAGCAGAACAAUACGAUCGGUUUAGAGCAAUUGGAGCAGGUGCUGACCCAAUUAUCGGAUGACAGUGGGGCUGAAAUGAAGGUAGACCCGAAGUUUAUUGGGUCCUUUGAAGAUGGGAUGGAGAUGUCCGUUUUCAGACUAUACAAUGUUGGGUUGGUCCAUGGCUGGAUCAUUGAUGCAGAGGCAGACCCCGUUGCCUACAAACACGUCUCCCAGUAUUCUUAUGAGUCUGCUCAGGGGGCGCUCGUGCAGUCAUACGACAUUCAAAAAGGCACCGUGCAAGUCGCAGAUGCAAAUGCAAUUGUAGAAGAUGCUAACUACCUAAAGGCUUUUUUGGCACGGUCUGCAACGCAGCUAACCGAUUACGGGCUACACCACUUGAAAGAGGUCAUGGUUGAGAAAUCGUAUGCGGUUUUGUACAGAAACGAGCAGUUCUACACUCUGCAUAAAAGUAACGGUGAACUGUUCUUACUGGUAACGGAUACAGCGUACAGGAACAACUCCGAUAUCGUUUGGAAAUCGCUGACUUCUGUGAGUGGGACUCAAGAUUCUUACUACACCGGUACAUUUUCCCGGGUGGAUGGUGGUGUAGCGCAGAAAACCCUUCAAAAUGAUGCUACUGCCAUUUCCAACGUUGUUUCGAACCCGUUCGGUGACAACCGUGGUAGGAACAACAAAACUGUAAACGCUGGACAGAAUGCCGAUUUCGUGGAGGGAGAUGAAGAGCUUGCAAGAAGACUACAACAGCAAGAAGACGAGGAAUAUGCCAAUGCAGUUGCUAACAGCAACAGAGAACACGCGGCAGCCAGACACGAACAAAGCCCUGAUUCUUCGUUUAAGGAAAAGAGCAAGAGUAAGCGUGGGAGAUUCUUCUCCAAAAAGAAGCUUACUGGUAAGAAAUACAACGGAGACAGCAGGUGUGUACUGAUGUAA